CCCACUUUGAAGAGAUCUAUGUAGCAGCAACGAGUGAGCGAUCAUCGCCAAUUCUUCAAGUCCAAUUGUAUCGCAAUUUCUACACCAUGAAGCGCAAGCUAAACGAGAAAGACGAGCCCGUCUCAGUCGCAAAACAAGAAGCAACCAGUGUCGAAGAAACCCCUUCUGGAAGCACCUUCGCAGACCUCGGCCUCGACAGUAGACUUCUUCAAGCCACAGCCCACCAGAAUUGGCAAACGCCGACUUUAGUUCAAAGGAAGGCCAUCCCCUUAGCCAUCGAAGGCUGUGAUGUAUUGGCAAAGGCAAAAACCGGUUCUGGAAAGACGGCCGCAUACACUCUACCACUUCUCCAAGCCAUUCUCAAACGAAAACAGACAUCGUCAGACUCUUACACUGCCGCUCUAAUUCUAGUUCCAACGAACGAGCUUGUAACUCAAGUAACCAAAGUGCUUGAUUCUCUUACGUCCUUUUGUUCGAGAGAAAUCAAAGUCUCCAAACUCUCCGACAAGCUCUCCGAUGCUGCCCAGCGCGCUGUGCUCUCAGACUCUCCCGACGUCGUAGUCGCAACCCCUUCAAGAGCAUGGCACAAUAUCAAAAACUCCGCCUUGUCCUUGGAAAGACUUACCCAUCUGGUUUUAGACGAAGCAGAUCUUGUCUUAUCAUAUGGCUACGAUGAAGAUCUGCAAAAUGUUGCCUCGUCGCUACCGAAGGGUUUACAGACGACUCUGAUGAGUGCAACAUUGACCUCCGAGGUCCACACUCUAAAGGGACUUUUCUGUCGAAACCCUACUAUCCUAGAUCUAGAAGAGCCCGAAGAGGAUGGAGGAGUUUCUCAAUACAUUGUCAAGUGCGGCGAGGACGAGAAGUUUCUUCUCAUUUAUUGCAUGAUAAAACUGGAGCUGAUCAAAGGAAAAGCAAUUAUAUUUGUUAGCGAUGUCGAUCGUUGCUAUCGACUCAAGCUGUUUUUCGAACAAUUUGGAAUACGAAGCUGCCUUCUAAAUUCUGAAUUGCCCGUCAAUUGUCGAAUUCAUGCAGUUGAAGAGUUUAACAGAGGAGUUUACAACAUUAUCAUUGCCUCCGAUGAAAAUGAGGUGAUAGGUGAUGAGAAAGGCCAGACUGAUUUAGCCAAUGAAGAGAUUGCAGAUAGCAAUCUUGGCAAUGCCAGUAACGAAGCUCCGGAAAAAAGUAAUCAACUCUCAGCUAGUGCUUCAUCGGCAAAGAAGCGUAAAUCUUCACGGCGCGACAAGAAUUACGGUGUAUCUCGAGGAAUUGAUUUCCAGAAUGUCGCAAUAGUCAUAAAUUUCGACCUUCCGCUAUCAUCCCGCUCUUACCUGCAUAGGAUCGGACGAACUGCGCGCGCCGGUCAGACAGGUAUGGCUUUAUCUUUCGUCGUCCCGAAAGAAAAGUUUCGGAAACACAUGCCUACCAGUAUCGACACGGCGGAACACGAUGAGAAGGUGCUAUCUAAAAUUAUUAGGCAGCAAGAAAAGAGGGGCCAUGAAGUUAAACCGUAUAGUUUUGACAUGAAAGCUGUCGAGGCCUUUCGCUACCGAUUAAAUGAUGCUCUCAGAGCUGUUACCAAGGUUGCUAUUCGCGAAGCAAGAUUGCGAGAACUUAAACAAGAACUGCUCAAGAGCGAAAGCUUGAAGCGACAUUUUGAGGAGAAUCCCUUAGAAGUUCGUCACCUGCGACACGACGUUGAACUUCGAACAACGCGAAGCCAACCCCAUCUGAAGCAUGUGCCCGAUUAUCUAUUGCCAAAGGAUGGGAAAAAAGCAAUCACUCCAAAUGAGGUUGGAUUUGUACCUUUCAAGAAGGUCCUUGAUGGGAAAGGUAGAAGAGGUAGAAUCUCCAAGGGCAGAGGCAGGAGGAUAGGUAGCCGCCGGAAUGAUCCCUUGAAAUCAUUCAAGGCAAGGUCUAAGCCCAAAAAAUAAUACGACGCUAUUUCGGCUUCUUUAAGGGAUAUCUUACGAAUGAUGUCCUUUCCCGAUUACUCUCAUAAUCAUAGAUACCCAUGAAUACAGAUGAAUAAUGUCAUUACUA